CAAGUUAGAACAAUCAACCCACCUUCACUCUCGCGUCACACAUCUUUUUGGCUCCUCUAUACAUCCCAAUUUUCUUCCCUCCCAAGUUGCGUUGCUUCAAUCUUUUUGAGGCUUGUGACAAUGGCGGACGAGGUGGUUCUACUGGGUUUCUGGCCCAGCAUGUUUGGGAUGAGGGCGAGUAUCGCGCUGGCGGAGAAGGGGAUCAAAUACGAGCACAAGGAGGAGGACGUGUUUAACAAGAGCGAUCUACUUCUCAAGAUGAACCCGGUUCACAAGAAGAUCCCGGUUCUCAUCCACAACGGUAAACCGGUCUGUGAGUCCCUCAUCAUCGUUCAGUACAUUGACGAGGUCCGGAACGACAGGUGUCCACUGCUGCCCUCUGAUCCUUACCAGAGAGCUCAAGCCAGGUUCUGGGCUGAUUUCAUUGAUAAGAAAGUGUACGAAUCUUCGAGGAGCUUAUGGACCGAAAAAGGAGAAGAGCAGCUGGAGGCAGCAAGGAAAGAUUUCCUUGAAAGCUUUAAGACAUUGGAGGGAGAGCUUGGCGAGAAGCCUUACUUUGGGGGUGAAACAUUUGGGUUUGUCGACAUUGUUCUCAUCAGUUUCUACAGCUGGUUCUAUGUGUAUGAGACUUUUGGGAAAUUGAGCAUGGAGGCAGAGUUCCCCAAGAUCAUUGAAUGGGCUAAGAGGUGCCUGCAGAAGAAAAGUGUCGCCAAGUCUCUUCCUGACGAGAAGAAGGUUUAUGAGCGUGUCUUGGAUUUGAGGAAGAUCUUUCAUUUGGAAUAGAUUAAAUGGUCUUGUGGGAUUGUUUGGGAUAAGAAAGACACUUUGUUGUGGCUUUCUACGAGAGGAUUGAGAUAUAUAUAUAUAUAUAUAUUCCACUCAAAGCCACCGCUCGGCCAGUAUUCACACCACCAACAGAUGGGACGCCGCACUUCUCAAGCUCCAGCCCACCACAAAACUGCUAGACCCAAUCCAAGCUAUGUUACCUGGGGUUCGGGGCAGCUGAUGGUGAUGGUCGGCUUACAUGACAGCCAUAGCUACGGCUAACAAUAAUAGUUAAGAUUUCUAGGGGGCAUAAAAUGUUAUACAUAUUUUUAAGUAUUUACUUUUAAAUAUUUAUUUUCCUAUGCGGCAAUAUAAUUCGUGAAAAUUCUUGA